UCAAACAAUACUAAAGGGAUGAUAAUGUUUUAACUUUCUGGGAAAAAUGGUUCUAGGUCUUUGGCUUUGAAAGAGAACGAUAAAAAAGCAGCUCAUACGGAAGGAGAAUGAUAGAGUGUGGUUAGCAACCUGAAAGAGAUUUUAAGAAUCACAGUUAACCCUUGCGUAACCAUGCUCCCGUCCUAACAAGUGGCAGGUCUGGGAACCUCUUUUUGUUUUGUUUUGAUGUGAAACAAUAGUACCCUUUAAAAUACUGUGGGUUCAGCUGACUUUUGUGAGGUUUCUCUGGCCAGUGUGGAUUUACCAUAACAUCCAUGAUAGGAGGGCUAUUUUUAGAUAUAUUACCUAGCCGGUAGCCGGUGGCAGCCUGGCUAGGGCAUUCACCGUUCUCGUCUAUUACAUUGAAUACAGCACCGCGCGGAUGCACACUCUGCCCUGGAGAUUUGGGGCCUGGUACAAUGUAGGAAGCCUUCAGCGUGCGCCCCCAGUCUCGCCCGCCUGUGCGCCAGCUCCGCAAGCGGGGACGCUGGAAAUGGCCGGUGUCACCCACAGCUAGCCCACCCCCCCGAAAGACACCUAGCUCCCGGUGCAGUCCCACACGCUAGGACUCAGGGAAAGGGCUACACUCGCUGCCUGCGGACGCAGGAGACAGCAGGCCGGAGCUGCGGGCUGGUCUCUGCGGGAACCUGCGGGCGCGCGCGGGCAGGACCGAGCCUCGGCGGCUGUCGCUAUCUCUGUCGCUGUCGCUGUCGCCUGCAUGGGGGCUGCGCCGCGUCCCCGGAGGCAGGGCUGUCCCCACGCCCGCCCUGCCCGGCGCGUAGCGGUGUCAACUCAUUAAUUUCCACACCCUCGACGCCGGCCCGCUGCUGUCCUGCCCGCAGCACCCUCACUCUGGCCCAUGUGGCAGGACAAUUAGCAGACGGGCCGCCCGCGCCCGGCCGCGGGGAUGGAGACGCGCCGAGCCAAGUUGGCGGCACCGACGCGGCGCGGACCGGGGGCGUCCCGGCGCGCGCGGGGAGCUCUGUAGUCGCCGAGCGGGUCCGAGGAUUUUCCGGGGAAGGUCACGCCCGGGCUGUAGCCGAGGACAGGCGCGCGCAGCUCCCGCCCGGACCGCGUCCGGCCCACGUUGACGUUUGAGGAAUCCUGGAGUGUGAAAAUGAACUUGAAGGAGAAUUGGUGAAUUCCCACCCAGUGGGCGUCUUCAAACCCUGGUCGGCAAAGGGAAACCUUCAGGUGCUAAGAUCGCCGCCCUGCGCAUGAUCUCAGAGUGAACACGUCUGGUGGAAGAGGAAAAAAAAUGUAGUUCUGAAUCCAAUCAAGUGUUUGAAUCUCUCAAAUCAUCAACAAAAUUCCCCAAGAAAGUUCCAGUUGGCCCCACCGAUGCAUGGAGAUCCAAGGAGCCCGUGAAGAUGGAGAAAUCGAGGCACAGAGAAAUUAAGUGACUUUGCCACAGUCACAAGCUGGGGAGGACCAGGAUUAGGACUUAGCGAGAGCCCCUGACUCUGGGCCUGCGUCCUCCCAGGAGUCACGCUGCCUCCGUCCUCAGGAGAGAAGAUUCCCUGCAAGAUGGAGGUGGACACGGAGGAGAAGCGCCACCGCACGCGGUCCAAAGGGGUUCGAGUUCCCGUGGAACCAGCCAUACAGGAGCUGUUCAGCUGUCCCACCCCUGGCUGUGAUGGCAGUGGUCAUGUUAGUGGCAAAUAUGCAAGACACAGAAGUGUAUAUGGUUGUCCCUUGGCAAAAAAAAGGAAAACACAAGAUAAACAGCCCCAGGAACCUGCUGCCAAGCGGAAGCCAUUUGCGGUGAAGGCGGACAGUGCCUCGGUGGACGGCUGCUACGAGAGCGACGGCACUGAGGACAUGGACGAGAAGGAGGAGGACGACGACGACGACGACGACGAGGAGGAGUACUCCGAGGACAACGAGGAGGCCGGGGAUGACGAGGAAGACGAGGAGGUGGACCGAGAGGAGGAGGAGGAGAUCGAGGAGGAGGACGAUGACGACGACGAGGAGGAGGACGGGGAAGAUGUGGAGGACGAAGAAGAGGAAGAGGAGGAGGAGGAGGAGGAAGAGGAGGAGGAAGAAGAAAACGAAGACCAUCAAAUGAAUUGUCACAGUACUCGAAUAAUGCAAGACACAGAAAAGGAUGAUAACAAUAAUGAUGAGUAUGAUAAUUACGAUGAACUGGUGGCCAAGUCGCUGCUAAAUCUUGGCAAAAUUGCUGAGGAUGCGGCCUACCGAGCCAGGACUGAGUCAGAAAUGAACAGCAACACCUCCAACAGUCUGGAAGACGACAGCGACAAAAAUGAAAACCUGGGUCGGAAAGGCGAGUUAAGUUUAGACUUAGACAGUGACGUUGUUAGAGAGACGGUGGACUCCCUCAAACUCUUAGCACAAGGACAUGGCGUUGUGCUCUCAGAAAACAUUAAUGACAGGGGUUACGCAGACAGCAUGUCACAGCAGGACAGCAGGAACAUGAACUACGUCAUGCUGGGGAAGCCCAUGAACAACGGCCUCAUGGAGAAGAUGGUGGAGGAGAGCGACGAGGAGGUGUGCCUGAGCAGCCUGGAGUGCCUGCGCAACCAGUGCUUCGACCUGGCCCGGAAGCUCAGCGAGACCAGCCCGCAGGACAGGAGUCAGCCGCCAAACAUGAACCUCCGCCCGCACGCCAGGCCGGAGGAUGACUUCCCGGGGAGGACGCCGGACAGGAACUACUCGGACAUGAUCAACCUCAUGAGGCUGGAAGAGCAGCUGAGCCCCCGGUCCAGGGUGUUCUCGAGCUGUGCCAAGGAGGACGGGGGGCACGAGCGGGACGACGACACCACCUCCGUCAACUCGGACAGAUCCGAGGAGGUGUUUGACAUGACCAAGGGGAACUUGACCCUGCUGGAGAAAGCGAUCGCUCUGGAGACGGAGCGCGCCAAGGCCAUGCGGGAGAAGAUGGCCAUGGAGGCAGGCAGGAGGGACGGCAUGAGACCGUACGAGGACCAGUCCCCAAGACAGCUUCCCGGCGAGGACAGGAAGCCCAAGUCCACUGACAGCCAUGUCAAAAAGCCAUACUAUGGUAAAGAUCCCUCAAGAACAGAAAAGAAAGAGAGCAAGUGUCCAACCCCCGGGUGCGAUGGAACCGGCCACGUGACUGGGCUUUACCCCCAUCACCGCAGUCUGUCCGGAUGCCCGCACAAAGAUAGGGUCCCUCCAGAAAUCCUUGCCAUGCACGAAAGUGUUCUCAAGUGCCCCACUCCGGGCUGCACGGGGCGAGGGCACGUGAACAGCAACAGGAACUCGCACAGAAGCCUUUCUGGAUGUCCUAUUGCUGCAGCAGAGAAACUGGCAAAGGCCCAGGAAAAACACCAGAGCUGUGACGUGUCCAAGUCUAACCAGGCCUCGGACCGAGUCCUAAGGCCCAUGUGCUUCGUAAAGCAGCUGGAGAUUCCUCAGUACGGCUACCGAAACAAUGUCCCCACAACCACGCCGCGCUCCAACCUGGCCAAGGAGCUCGAGAAAUAUUCCAAGACCUCGUUUGAAUACAGCAGCUACGACAACCAUACUUAUGGCAAGCGAGCCAUAGCUCCCAAGGUGCAAACCAGGGAUAUAUCCCCCAAAGGAUAUGACGAUGCGAAGCGGUACUGCAAGGACGCCAGCCCCAGUGGCAGCACCACCAGCAGCUAUGCGCCCAGCAGCAGCAGCAACCUGAGCUGUGGCGGCGGCAGCAGCGCCAGCAGCACCUGCAGCAAGAGCAGCUUCGACUACACGCACGACGUGGAGGCGGCCCACAUGGCAGCCACGGCCAUCCUCAACCUGUCCACGCGCUGCCGCGAGAUGCCACAGAACCUCUCCACCAAGCCACAGGACCUGUGCACCGCACGGAACCCCGACAUGGAGGUGGAUGAGAACGGGACUCUGGACCUCAGCAUGAACAAGCAGAGGCCAAGGGACACCUGCUGCCCCAUCCUGACGCCCCUGGAGCCCAUGUCCCCCCAGCAGCAGGCGGUGAUGGACAGCAGGUGCUUCCAGCUGGGCGAAGGCGACUGCUGGGACCUGCCCGUCGACUACACCAAGAUGAAGCCCCGGAGGGUAGACGAGGACGAGGCCAAGGAGAUCACUCCGGAGGAGCUGGACCCGUUCCAGGAGGCUCUCGAAGAAAGAAGGUACCCGGGGGAGGUGACCGUCCCCAGUCCGAAACCCAAGUACCCUCAGUGCAAGGAGAGCAAGAAGGAUUUGAUAACAUGUCCAACUCCGGGGUGUGAUGGGAGUGGUCAUGUGACUGGUAAUUACGCCUCACACAGAAGUCUGUCGGGCUGCCCGCUGGCUGACAAGAGCAUCCGGAGCAUGCUGGCCACCAGCUCCCAAGAACUCAAGUGCCCCACCCCUGGCUGCGACGGCUCUGGACACAUCACUGGGAAUUACGCUUCUCACCGGAGCCUUUCAGGGUGCCCCAGGGCGAAGAAGAGCGGCAUCCGCGUGGCGCAGAGCAAGGAGGACAAGGACGACCAGGAGCCCAUCAGGUGUCCGGUGCCCGGCUGUGACGGCCAGGGCCACAUCACAGGGAAGUACGCCUCCCACCGCAGCGCGUCCGGGUGCCCCUUGGCGGCCAAGAGGCAGAAGGACGGGUACCUCAAUGGCUCCCAGUUCUCGUGGAAGUCGGUCAAGACGGAGGGCAUGUCCUGCCCCACGCCAGGCUGCGACGGGUCGGGCCACGUCAGCGGCAGCUUCCUCACGCACCGGAGCUUGUCCGGGUGCCCGAGAGCCACGUCGGCGAUGAAGAAGGCGAAGCUGUCCGGCGAGCAGAUGCUGACCAUCAAGCAGCGCGCCAGCAACGGUAUAGAGAACGAUGAAGAGAUCAAACAGUUAGAUGAAGAGAUCAAGGAGCUAAAUGAGUCCAAUUCCCAGAUGGAAGCCGAUAUGAUUAAACUCAGAACUCAGGUAACAAUCACCACGAUGGAGAGCAACCUGAAGACCAUCGAGGAGGAGAACAAGGUGAUCGAGCAGCAGAACGAGUCCCUCCUGCACGAGCUGGCCAGCCUGAGCCAGUCCCUGAUCCACAGCCUGGCCAACAUCCAGCUGCCCCACAUGGAUCCAAUCAAUGAACAAAAUUUUGAUGCUUACGUGACUACUUUGACGGAAAUGUAUACAAAUCAAGACCGUUAUCAGAGUCCAGAAAAUAAAGCCCUACUGGAAAAUAUAAAGCAGGCUGUGAGAGGAAUUCAGGAGGAUGGUGUUUGGUGGGGGCAAUAAAUGAGGUUUUUUGCAUUCCAAGGAAAUGGCAUAUGGAUUAACUGUAAGAAAUGAAAUAAGUAAUUUAUUGUAAGACAACAUCAAGCCAUGGAAACUUGGCAGAAGAUUCAAAGCAGCUUAAACAGCACUUUUAAAUUAACUCCUAAACAUUACAUGGUGUGACUAUGGAAACGUCAGUUCAGACAGGAGCUUGUCAGAGGUGGACCCCACGAAGAUUUCCUUUUCCUUGUCAAUAAACUUUGGAACAAGCUUCUCGUGCCCCUAGAGCCCGCUGCCCUCUGAGCUGCCUGCCCCGGCGGGGCAGCUCGCCGAGCAGAGCCUGCGUGUUUUCAGUUUAAGCUAAAAGAUCGUUUAAGCGCGUUCUCUUCCCCUUCUCACUUUUAAGAAUCAUUAUUGUCGUUAAUCUUAUGAUUUGAGGGGUAAAGGCAAAUGGUUUGUGAGAGUUCUGGUUACUGGACUGAAUUUUCUGCUGGAUCUGGUGAAAAAGCAGCUCAGUAAACCCCCUUGACUUUGGCGAGCGUCUGGCCCCACUGAGAGUCCUCCCACGUGGGGUCCGUGUCCCUCCCCCCGGAGACCGGUGACCACAGAGCACUUGCGUGGCCUGUCACUUGAUUACCGUGACCUAUUCUAAGAAUGAAUGCAAUCAGAUCUUAAAAGUUACCUAAAUAUACUUCAGCACUUUUUUGCUUUACACUAGAUCAUCUUAGACUUGUUUGUGCCCCGAGGCCGGACUGCGUUGCUCGCGGCGACCGCGCCGUCUGUCUGCAUAAGACCACUCCCGACUGCGCCUCCUCCUGAGUAGUCCCUUGAUGGUGUGUUGUGUUCCUGGCGUUGACUUGGUUUACAUUUGAUAGCAUCUCUUCCUUCCAUGUCUUGAUGUUAUGCAGGAAGUACAGAAGUACUUUAAAAUUUUGUUAUGAAAUAAAAAAAAAAAAGAUGGGUUUUGUAAAAAUAAAAAAAAAAAUAUUUUUAGCAGAACAGGACUUACAGGGUCAUUGUCCCCACAAUGUGCCAGUCGACUAUUUGCACUUACCUUGUCCUAUAUAUCCGUACGGAGGUGUGCAAUUCCUGUGUCAGCAGCCUUGUGACACUGAACCUGGGUGGAGUCGAGGAGCCCACGGCUGAUCCAUGAUGUUGGGAAGAGAGGACUACAGGGAUCUGACGACAAAUAUUCUGAUACAAUAUCAACCUCGGUAUAUAUAUAUGUAUAAAUAUAUGUAUAUCCCAGCGGCACUUUAUACUGCUCACUGUACAAACGCUUACAGUUUUCCACGAGGACUUCACUGACAGCUGGGAAAAGAUGAUGUAAUUACCGGGCCUCGGCGGAACCCGGCCCGCUCAGCCCCUCUCUGUUGCUAUCGGUUGCAGCUGCCAUGCUCAGAAUUGCCUUCGAGAGGUGAAGCAAGGUGCUUGCAGUCACCCGGGGCCGCCCCCGAGGCCCAGGGCCCCGCCCCGCCCGGGCCCCGCCCAUGACAGCAUCUGCAUUCCCCACGCGUCGUGUCUGCAGCUUCUUUGCAAUAUAGUAACGCUUUUAGUAGAGUACUAGGUAGCUUCGGUUUUGGGUUCUUACUGUUAUCACCUAUGUACAAUGGAAAGGGAUCUUAAGCACAAAUCUGCUGCUCAUCUAGCGUCGGUACAUAAUAUCAAAUCAAAAGUUAUCUGUGACUAUUAUAUAGGGAUCACAAAAGUGUCACAUAUUAGAAUGCUGACCUUUCAUAUGGAAUUAUUGUGAGUCAUCAGAGUUUAUUUAUUAUAACUUAUUGUUCAUAUUCAUUUCUAAGUUAAUUUAAGUAAUCAUUUAUUAAGACAGAAUUUUGUAUAAACUAUUUAUUGUGCUCUCUGUGGAACUGAAGUUUGAUUUAUUUUUGUACUACACGGCAUGGGUUUGUUGACACUUUAAUUUUGCUAUAAAUGUGUGGAAUCACAAGUUGCUGUGAUACUUCAUUUUUAAAUUGUGAACUUUGUACAAAUUUUGUCAUGCUGGAUGUUAACACAUCUUACUCUAAAUAAAAAAGGUGUUGCCACAUUUGUAGCACGAAGGAUCUCUAA